GGGGAAGGACCACCAAGCUCCAUAUCAAAAUGUCAAUCAUCAAUCAAUCCAUAUCCAUAGUACAGGGUGAGUCACGUAACAACAAUCUCUAAUCGCAAUCGCACAAAAUAGACGCAAGUCUUGAGAAAAAUGUGUACACCACCAGUACAAAGCACAAACCAAAAAAACCCUUGAAAGGAGCACUGGAAAAAAUAAGCAGAACCCUCCAGAGUCAGCAACGGACUGUCAGACACCGUUUCCCGAGAAGAGCCACGUUCACGUCUGUCUCAUCCAUCUGCCAUAAUCCAAAUCCCCCCUCUAUUGCCCGGGAGAGGAGCAUCGAUCACUCAUUCGAGUACAGCUGCUACAGAGCAGCGUGACAACGUUAUUGGCUAUGAGUACUUUGACUACAACCAGAAAGUAAACCCCGAUAGGACUUUGCUUUUUUGUCUGACCCCAAAGCAUAUUCGGGGCUUCAUACAAGAAUGGCAGCUUUCUUGUUGUUGCUAUCGCUAUCGUUGUGUUCAUUCUUUUCUCUCGUUCUUGCUUUACCAAGUAGCAGCGUUCCGCCGUUGUUGAACCCCUCUAGCAAACUAAUCUUACCAAUACAGGCUGUUGCAGCCAGUGCAAGCCGAGUUUACACCAAUACAAUACAGGGAAAGUUGAGCGCUCGGGAUAUGGUGCAAAUUGCUCUUCUGUGUAGUGUAUUUCCUGCCUUUUGGUAUCUGCGAAAUGGAAGGAAGAGCGAGGCCUACAAUGACACGAAAUCACUCAAUGGGAGUGCACAUGGAACCAUUCCUAAACAGAGUAUAGAUAUCAAUGAUUCCGAAGUUGUCGACCCAGGACUUUUAAAGAAACAUUCUGAGAUAAGAUCCUACACCACAAGUCGUUUCACAUAUCCUUCACUACGAAUUUUCUUCAGCAGACAUGCCCAAGCCGAUAAGCUACCUACGAAGCCUGCCCCACUACCUCUACUAGUUUUCAUCCAUGGUUUGGGAGGUUCAGUUGCGCAAUUCAAUCCUCUAUUAACAAGCCUUGUGAAUUUGGCAUCAUGUCUUUCAAUCGACCUACCAGGCUGUGGUCUUUCUGCAUUCGACCCAAAAUUACCUUGGGAUGCUUAUACUGUGGACGCUCUUGCAGAGCUUGUGGGGAAAGUCAUUGAGGAUUAUAGGGAAAAAGAUACGAAGCAGGGUGUAGUUUUGAUAGGACAUAGCUUGGGUUGCUCUAUAGCCGCCUUACUUGCAUCUACAACCUCGCCACAAUCAAUUGCGCUAUCAGAGAACGUCAUGGGCCUUGUUGCAAUAUGCCCUCGGGCGGAACCCCCUAGUGAAGACGAGGUUAGUAAGUUUAAGAAGCUACUUUUGGUCCCGAAUCUCAUUUUUGAUCUUUGGCGAAACUGGGAUCGCCGAGGUGGCCCUGAGAGUGCCAGUGUGCAUAGAUUUGUUGGCCCUUCAGCAGAUGACGAAACCAAAAGGCUUCAAGCACGAUUCAACAGCCAGAGUAAAACUGCAGUAUGGAGGAGAAUGGCAGCCGGUACUCUGCCCGUUUAUGAAAAUCACAUUGCAAAAGGUGGACUUGCGGGCAAAGAUGUCUGGAAGGGGCUGGAUAUUCCUGUCUUCCUUGUUGCCGGGGCAGCUGAUAACAUCACAAAGCCCGGGGAGAUUGAAAAGAUUGCCCAAUUUCUUGGAAAGUCUCACCCGGUUCAAAUUGACCCCGAUGACAAAAGUGAGCCUAUUGUUGAUGCAGCUGCGCCUGUUGAUAUGUCAGGGAACAACAAAUCUACAAGCAAUGAUAUCAAUCCCUUGAUUGAAAAGCUGCUCCUCGAAAAGAACCCUGAUACCGCCGUGGAAUCGCUAGAAGACCCAUCAACACCGGACGAUAUUGAAAGAACUGAAAACAUUCCUCCCCAACCUCUCAGACCGAAGAGGGUCCUAAAAACAACAAUUAUUCCAGCCCCCGCUUCGCAUGCUUUGCUAUACAUGCCAACCACUGUGAGAACCCUUGCAGGUCUUAUAUCUGAUUUUCUUUGUACCCAAGUGUCACCUCGUUUAUCCUUGGGUUGGCAGCUACAAUUUCUCUCUACUUCCGGCAAAUGGGAUGUGAAAAAUUUGGCAAAGUGGCAAGCAGUGUCACCUGUAUCAGAGCCUAUCGCUGGCAUAUUCCGAGCCAUGAAAACUUUGAGAGAGGUGGAUGAUAGCCAUUGUCCAGAGGUGUUUGUGAAAGAUUGGGGUGAGCAGAUCAAGGAUAUUGUGGAUAUUAGCCACGAAAGUCCGGUGUACGAUCCACGAGGUCUGGAAAAGGGUGGAAUACGAUACCAUAAAUUCCCGACUGUAUCUAAAAUCCCACCCACAUCUGACGAGGUUGUCACCUUCAUCAAUUUGAUUGAUCGGCUAAGAGGCGAGCAGGCGGCAAGAAAGGAAAAGGAAGGGGCUGAAGGUGAAGGUGAGUGGUAUGUGGGGGUACACUGUCACUAUGGUUUCAAUAGAACUGGAUAUUUCAUUGUAUGUUAUCUGGUGGAAAGGUGUGGGUAUGGAGUUCAAGGGGCGAUUGAUGAGUUCGCUAAGAGAAGACCGAAGGGCAUUAAACAUGCUCACUUUAUGGACCAGCUGUUUGUUAGAUACUGCGUGGGGUUAAAAAGAGCGCCCACACUCUAAUGGUAUAACGGUUAGUAAAGAGGCAGUGAUUUUGGGUGCAUCGAACCAGAUGUUGUAAGACGGGAGGGAGUCUUGGAUUGUAUUGAUAAGGCUGGGGGAUAGGGAUCGCAUUUCUUGCUACUGUAAAUACCUAGUACUGGUAUUAUUCGAGGUUUCACGCAGUCAGGUGGACGGACUUUCGUUACCCCAAAGUCAUUGUAUGGGAGAAGUUCCCUAAUUAUCAAGCAGCAUACCUCUUUCUCCAAUUUGCACUCAAGCAGAUGGCAAAGGCGGAACGACAGGAAUUUUAGAUAUGCAACAGAGGCACAAACUUUUGAUUCCUCAUAUGACAAAGCCACAAGUCAUACGCGUGUAGGACUAUCGUUUCACGAGGAUUAGGGGUCACGGACUAAUCUAUUGUGUGCAGUGUCAUGUUACACAGCUUCUGUGGAAAUAACAUUACACGAUUACCCCAUCGUAUCUCUUCAGCUGUCUGCAAGACGAGCGAUAUAGUGGAAUGAUGAGAGUGGGGGCUGAGGGCUGGACUGAGGUUACAGUUGUGUUGCGCGAGGUUGAUGGGGGAUUGAUGUUUGAUGCGGGCGACGAUGCAGUUUCCGAGAGAGCCCCGUGCCAAUGGUAGAUGUUACUGGAGAAGUGGAUGGAAGGCUAGUUCACAUGUUGAAAAGACGCUUAGCAGGCAACGUCAAAUAUGUGGAAUGGGAUAUUAUCUUAAGAGCUGAGGGGAAUUAAAGCUGAUAAAGAGGAAAUAUUUUUAGGUCGGUAGGAAGAGACAUGUUUAGCAAGUACCUAGUACCUUUGAGAAUACAAUGUGCGUUUGAAUUAUGGAUUUCGAGGAAGCACAUUAUUUAUCAAGAGUAUCCCGCCGAUCCUGAUCUGACUGAUAUCUGAGCAAAAACUGCAGCGUUAUCUCAAGUCCAAAUGAGGAUAUAAAGAAUUCCACUGCAUAGGUCAAAACAUAGGAGCUGUUCUUGGCAAAUGAAUAUGUGGAUCCCAGAUGAAAACUAAUAUGAAAACCA